CCCGGUGCUACAAAACGCGCAGAGCUGUUACGUUGACGGGGUGAGCUGACGUCAUCUGGGAAGCUGUUGGUUUUCCAGCCUGGGAUCAGCCUGCUGCUACUCAUGGAGUGAUCUGCGAAGUUGUCCCACUAUCGAAACCUUUUUUUUACCCCCCCCCCCUUGUGACUUAAACAACAACAGUUGGUGAAAGUUUCUACGGUUGUUGUUGUUUUUUUUGUGGUAGCGACACAAUGUCUAACUUCAUCCCGGGGCAGCCGUUAAUUGCUGUUGUGUUACGAAUUGAGAUCAAGAAGCUGCGGCAGGGAGAUAAUCUGAUCCUGGGCUUCAGCAUCGGAGGAGGGAUUGACCAGGACCCCGGACAGAACCCCUUUUCUGAUGACAAGACCGACAAAGGCAUCUACGUGACCAGGAUAACACCCGGGGGACCAGCAGAGGAGGCAGACUUGAGGAUGGGAGACAAAAUAAUGCAGGUGAACGGCUAUGAUAUGACCAUGAUGACCCACGACCAGGCUCGUAAAAGACUAACGAAGAAGAAUGAGGACGUGGUGCGGCUACUGGUGACCAGGAAGUCGCUGGAGGAAGCUGUCAAACAUUCGAUGGGCAGUUACCCCCGACAGUAAUGCAGUGACACGACCUACAGACUGCGACAGCCGAGGACCCGACACUCUCACACACUCCCACACACUCCCACAAACACAGAUGAUGGCGUCACCGUGGCCUUUACAACUACGUCAGUGCAAACAUAUUAAUAUCUAGGCGACUCCUUCAGUGUCUGCACAGCACAGUCAUUGGAUAAUGAGAGGGUGAUUUGUCUUUCCAUACACACUCAUCUCAAAGUUAUCGGCUUUACUUUUUAUACGUAUUUGUAGCAUAAUCCUUCUGAAAUAUGGAGCAAUCCAAAAACCUUUCCCGAUCUACAGGGCUCAAAUACAUUUAAUCCAAACCGACUCUUCCACCUUGAAGAGACGUGUUCCAAAACUCACGUGAUCAAUAUCAAAAUAAAAAUAAAAUAAUUGCCGUAUGAAAAGUAAAGGAUUAAAAAAAGAACAGAUGUUCAUAAUAUUUACUAGAAUUACUUUUUGCUUGUUUUGAUUUUUGAGCGAGCUGAAAUGAGUUGCUUCCCUAUCUCUCUGCUACACAUCCAUUUCACUGAUUGAUUAUAGCGCAGCGUCUUUUAUUCCUUCCCACUCUGGAGACGUUUGUCAAAUGUCCUCGAUCCAUAUCUUGAUACGAGUUAUUUGGGAGAAAUCAGUUAAGUUGGUCUUGAUGGUUUGAUCUUUGGUGUCAUCAACGAUCAGCGUUUCAUCUCAUUGUCUCACGAUUACAGCAUCAAAUGCCAAAGUAAAAGCCGAGACACUGAGAAGUGAUCAGAGCGGUGUUUGUACUUAUAACGGUACAAGAACAACAUAUACCUGUAUGCACGAUGUUUUAAUACACACUAAUGUCUCUAAUUAUUCCUUCUGUUCUAUUUAUCUUGCUUUGUGUUGAUGUCCAUCACGUGUGGGGAAAGUAGCAGUUAAAAACAUUUACUUACACUAAUCAUGUCUCAUACCAACUCCAUUCCACAAGCCGGAUCUACAUUUAGAAAACACCCAUCAGACAAUUUGCAAUACAUCCUCCUUCCCUGUCCUCGUGUUCAGCGAGGGAACGUUGUUUUGAUGCUAGUUUCACACUGGAAUCAGCUGCAUUUAGAAAAACUGUCUCAAAAAUGUUUCUUUGUCGAUGACCAAAAGUCCAAGUUGAAACUUUAAACCUGAACCGAGCAGAAGUGAAUGUUUGAGACCCUGGAAUGUGCACGGCAGGCUUAAAUACGUAAUACCACUGAUUUCAUAUUGCAACACAACGAUGGUGUACUGCCUCUGAUGCAGAAACUCAUAAACACUAUUUUUAGAUUUGAAAUUUACAAUAUUAAUCUUAUAUAAUUGGGUGAUCUUAUUGGCUCUUUUUUGUUUUGUUUGUUACGCUAGUGGUUUAUAUAAUAUAUUUUGUAUGUGUUUAAUUCAACCAUUUGAUUUGUAUAAUAUUAAUAACCUUAUCUAAUAAUCAAAUGUGUAAUUAAGUUUUCAUUCCAAAGUUAAAUAUCCGCUGUUAAACAGGCGUA